ACUUUAGGGCCUACUUCUUUUGCUUCCACUCCUACAGGUCAUGUGACAAAUUUGUCAUCAACUUCAUUAGGAUCUUCAAAAAUCAACUACAGGCCACUUCUGGCUGAUAUUGUCCACACAGAGGAUGUGAAGGAGCUCUGCAGGAUUUUGGUAUUGGUAUCAAGACAGGCUGCGAAAACGGCUGCUGAUAAAGGAGUUCAUGAGAGAAGGAUGGCUGAGAUGGACGAACAAACUGAAAGUUCACUCGCUUCAUCGAGCCGCGAUAAGGACGAGACUCAAAAGGAUGUGGAUAUUCAGAAAACAUCGGCCGAUGACCGACUCAGUGGAACUCAGGCUGACAAAAUGAGCACAGAAGAGUCAGGUUCGGAUUUGGUGGAUGUAGCAAAAGUCGGAAGGCCGAUGUCCCCCGGAACUCUUGCGUUAAUGUGUGAUGAGCAGGACUUGCUUUUUAUGUCGUCUCAGGACCCGAAUCCGCCUUUGAGGCUUCCUUACGACCAGAGUGUGACAGAGUGGUAUGCAGAGCAAGAGAAAUGCGUGUUGAUGGCCUAUCGAGAGUCCCUACUCAAACUCAUUAAUUGUGGAACAGCCAAAGAAGCAAAGUUAUCUUCAAUGGCUUCAAAGUCAGAGAAAUUCAGUCAGCAGGAGCUCUUUCAGAAUGUAAAUGGCAAUGCAUUACCAGCUUUCUCAAAUGGCAAUGUAGCUUCAAGAGGUGGAAACCAAACUCUAGAAAAUGGUUUCUUAAAACCUAAGAUUGAGAAUUUUGAGAUGUAGAGUACAAAAC